UUUUACGGCAAAGAUUAGCUGAUGAGUUGGAAGCUUGCUUCUCCAGAAAUGGAGACUUUCACUCUCUUCACUCAUAGUCCCAUUCUCUUUCCGCUGCUUAUUGGUGGCUUUCCAUCUUCCUGAAAAACCAACCCUAACCGAUUCUUGCCCAAAUAUGGCAAAAAUGCCGCUCUCUCCUCUCUGCUAAUUGCCAUCGUUGAACUCCUCGCUCUGCUUCUCCCCCUUCCAUUAUUUCCAAUUCUGGCUCGCAUCCACCGAUUGUACACUGUGUUUUUCCCCUCUCUUAGAGUCGGAUUGUAAUGGCGAAGGAGAAGAUCCAGAUCAGGAAGAUCGAUAACGCCACGGCGAGGCAGGUCACCUUCUCCAAGCGGCGGAGGGGGCUUUUCAAGAAAGCGAAAGAGCUAUCCGUUCUCUGUGAUGCCGACGUCGCCCUCAUUAUCUUCUCCGCCACCGGAAAGCUGUUUGAAUACUCCAGCUCUAGCAUGAAGGGAAUUAUAGAAAGGCAUCAUUUGCACUCUAAGAACCUUCAGAAAUUGGAACAACCAUCCCUUGAACUACAGCUAGUUGAAAACAGCAACUAUACCCGAUUAAACAAGGAAAUUGCAGAGAAAACUCACCAGCUAAGGCAGAUGAGAGGAGAGGAGCUCCAAGCAUUGAAUAUAGAGGAACUGCAGCAGCUAGAGAAGUCGCUAGAGUCUGGAUUGAGCCGUGUGAUGGAGAAAAAGGGCGAAAGGAUCAUGAAGGAGAUCAAUGAUCUUCAAAGAAAGUCGGCAGAAUUGAUGGAAGAGAAUAAGCGACUGAAACAGCAUGCGGACAAGAUGAAUGGGGUGAAGCAUAUUAGCGUCGAGCCUGAGAAUUUGGCCGUGGAAGAUGGCCAGUCGUCGAACUCCAUUACUGAAGCCUGUGUGUCCAACUCCAAUGGCGGCCCGCCUCAAGAUCUGGAAAGCUCAGAUACAUCUCUGAAACUAGGGCUGCCGUAUUCUGGGUGAUGCUGACGGUGACAGUGAUGGAACAAGAAAAUGAACGGGCACUGUAGCAAGCGAAAAGGUAGUGUAAAAAUAAUUAUAUCCUAAAUUUUGGGUUAGUUGUGUAAUUGGAAUCUAAAUCUAACCCGUCUUGCUUUAUCCAAUUCAUAUGACUCUCCAUUUAAAUCUGAAAACAAGGUUGCAAUUCUAAGAAUUCUAUGCACCUGUCAAUGAAUCAACUUAGCCUGCAACUGGGUCUGCUGAAUCCUUGGUGAAUUCUAGCAGUCAUGUAGUUUUUUGGGGGUAAUGUUUUAAUGGAUUGCUGGAAACGACAGCGUUUGCUGGUGGCAUAAUAGUGUAUUGACCUUGGUUGUUAAACAAUGUAGAGUUAUAUAUAAUUUUAUUUUAAACUA